UCUCGAGGCAAUCAAAAACUCCAGCUUUACUGAUCUUUCUUCCGUAAUUUUACGCGUAGGAAAGAAGUAACAAUGGCGGACGCUGCUCCAGCCGCACGUGGAGGCUUUCGUGGAGGUUUUGGCUCUCGCGGAGCAGGAGGCGAUCGCGGAGGUCUGAGAGGCCGUGGAGGUAGAGGUAGAGGUAGGGGACGCGGCCGUGGACGCGGCAAAGAAGACAGUAAGGAAUGGAUUCCUGUUACCAAACUGGGUCGUUUGGUUCGAGAUGGAAAGAUCCUAUCUCUCGAACACAUCUAUCUGUUCUCUUUACCCAUCAAGGAGUAUGAAAUCAUUGACAAGUUCCUUGGACCUGAUUUGAAGGACGAAGUUCUGAAAAUCAUGCCUGUACAGAAGCAGACUAGAGCCGGUCAGCGUACACGUUUCAAGGCUUUUGUUGCCAUUGGAGACAGUAAUGGCCACAUUGGAUUGGGAGUAAAGUGUUCCAAAGAAGUAGCUACUGCUAUUCGCGGUGCUAUCAUUCUGGCGAAGCUUUCUGUUGUGCCCGUUCGACGUGGUUAUUGGGGUAACAAGAUCGGUAAACCACACACGGUACCUUGCAAAGUGACUGGCAAAUGUGGAUCUGUUCAAGUGCGUUUGAUACCAGCGCCUAGGGGUACUGGUAUUGUAUCCGCUCCGGUUCCCAAGAAGUUGCUUCAGAUGGCUGGUAUUGAGGAUUGCUACACCUCGGCCAGAGGAUCUACCUGCACCCUCGGCAAUUUCGCCAAAGCCACAUAUGCUGCAAUUGCUAAGACAUAUGCGUAUCUUACACCUGACUUAUGGAAAGAACAGGCUCUGGCUAAGGCGCCCUAUCAAGAAUUUGCUGAUUAUUUGUCAAAGACUCACAAAGGAGGCGCGAGAGCAGCAGAGGUUGUUUAAAUAAACAUCCAGCUCCCAUGGAAAUGCUUUGAAAAAAUAUAAAA